UUGACAACUCGAAAAAAUCGUAUGAUAAAUGUCAACAUUCACUAUAAUAAUAACAAUAACAAAUUUCUCAUUUUAUUUCGUAAAAUUCGACGUUUUAUUGGAAAUUAAGAAAGAUUACAUAGAACACCAAAUUUAAUAAGUAAAGAUCUUAAAUUAUUCAAGCUCACGAUGGUUGAAGACAUAUUAUUGCCAAAUGGAUCCAGCAAAACUGCGGCCAAAAGAAUGGACAGAGAUAAUAUUUUACCUUUCGUUAUAUUACCACUUUUAUUAAUUAUUGCUACUAUAUCGUUCACAGUGACAGUAAUUGUUAUGAUAUUUAUCGGAAUGGGUGCAUUAUAUGUUCAAUCUCGUCCACGACAGAAAAACAGGUCUCCAUUUUUUUAUUCUUGGACUUUAUCAUCCGGAAUAUGCUUAUUUCUAGUAUUUGAGCUUGGAAUUCUAACAUUACUAGAAAUUACUCUUCUAGAAAACUUUUUAUUUUUAGUUCUUCUAACUAGCACAUGUUACUUUUUUUAUAAAAUGAAAUCCAUAGCUGAUUAUGAGUUGUAUACUGGAAAAGGAAAAGAGUAUAGUCCUGUUUUAACAUCGGACUCAUAUUACUGCCAGAUAUGUCAGUUAGAAGUAAAUGAAAGAUAUUUCCAUUCAAUUUGGUGGGAUUGUUGUGUUUUCAGACCAAAUUAUAUUUACUUCUUGUGUGGCCAAGCUUUUGCGUUUGCUACCUUGCUCAUGGGAACAAACUUGGGCCUAACUACCAUUUGUCAGCCAUCAACACUAUAUGGCUCAAUACUAGUACCUCAAGACUGCAAUGAUGUCUAUUUUGAAUUUUACCUAGCAUUAUGCUUUGUAUCCUGCAUUUAUGGUAUUGGAUACAUCUUAAUAAUUGCACUGGUGUUAUUACGACAAUUAUUCAUUUAUCUUCCAAAAUAUACUGAACCACAGUGGAAACGAUUAUUUAACGUGUUAACAGUAUAAAUAUUUUUUUAUUGUGAAGAUAAAAAUUCAGGAUACAUGCAGUAUGUACAUACAUUAAGCUAAAAUAUAUGCCUUUUGUCUAUAUGACUGUAUAUUUUGCAAGCUUAUAAGUAUAUCAUUUAGAUAGGUGCACAGAUAAUAUAUAUUAUAUAGCAUUGUAUUAUCUUAUUUAAUAAUUUUUGUCUACGUUAAAUAGCUAAUUACUAAAUCUAUAGUCAAAUAAUACAUAUGCGUAAGUAUGCUAAACAACUGUAAUGCUUUUAACAUGAAUUAUUUACUUCAAUGUCAAAGUUACUCUAAGUUACUAUGUAUCAUAGCAAUUUAUAACGUUAUAAGGAACUUUGAUAAUGAAUUGAGAAAUACGAUCACCUUUGAGAUUUAAAAUUUUGUCCUAUGUACUCAGGUACAUAAGAAAAAAUUUUAAUUAAUCUGAGAUAAACACUGCGGCUUUCACACGCCCCCGUAAUAAUGAAAAAUGAAUUUCUUCUGAUUAGAUUUCAAUGCGUUUUUGUAUAAAUUCUUACUUAUUGCCUAUAUACAGGUAAAUAUUUUAUUAUACUUAUUUCUAAUUUGUAUCACCAAUAAAAUUAAACCCUCGUUAUUUACGUUAUUUCCGGUUCAGAAAAAACAAAUAAAAGUUUCUCUUUUCUUCAUUUUCGUUCUUGUUUUGUAUAACCGGAUUCUCAAGAGGGCCAGGGGUAAGGCAAAUAAAUUUAUUAUGCAUAUCAAUUAUAUUGUACUUUAUACCUGCAUUAAUAUAUUAUGUAUAUUUUUAAGACUGAUUCAUACAUUAAGUUCUAAAUAAAUUAUUGACCAAGCCAUAUUAUCAAUCUUAUCAUUAACACAAACGUUAUUCUUAUACCUGUAUGAAAUAACUACAUAAUAUAUAGAGCUUUGUCUGCCUUCCUUUAUUCAUAUAAUUUUAAUAAAAGUUAAUAUGUUCUACAGUCUUGGAAACUGUUUUGUUUAGAAUAAAGAAUAAAGUCUCUAAAGCGUGUUUUAUAAAUGGUCAUAUUAUUUAUCACAUCAUUAAUUGAAAAACGCAAUAUUCUAUAUUUUU